ACAAGCGCCGAGCACGGUGAUAAACAACUGGAUCACUUCCCAUGUCUGUUUGGUAGUAACACUCCACGAAUUUCAACAUCUUGGCCACUUUUCUUUAUCAUCAGCCAGGUAUCUUCGGGAUUAAUUCAAUGUGGAAAGGCACGGUUGAUGAUUCGGAAUAACUACAAGACAUCAUGGGACUAAACAUUUUGGGACAUGAUUCUUGACGCGUGGCUGGGGAAGCGUGUUGCUAAUUUGAAGAGAAACUGCUCAAGGGACUUGGUGAUUCGGUGGAUAUAAUUUUUUUUCAAGAACAUUAAGAUUAUCCGGAAUUCAGAGACGUUGGCAAACUGACAACAUUUUGGAAUAAACUUUGAAAACUUGUUGCCAAUUGCGGAAUAAUUCGUUGUCUAGGAAAUUGUUAAUUGGAAAACGGUGUGAAAAUAGGUUUACACGACACUCGAACCUGGGCAUCUUCGGAGCAUCAGUCGCGCGAGAAUAAUGGUAUAAAAGUGCUUGUGGCAUGACAAAGAUUAUGCAGAAAUGACCAGCCCUUAGCAACGAAAUAUCAAGGUCAUCACCUCACGUGAUUAGUAAUGGAAUGGAUAAAACGAAAGAGAUGCGAAAUACAAUAAAGAAAGUUCAAAACAUGAAGCCAGGAGAUAGCAUCAAAUACUUUUGAAAUCGGCUUCACAUCCAACACGUAUGUCAGAAAGUGGUAUAUUUGUUUUAGUGCAGAUACAAUGUGAUACAACCACCGGAAAACAUCUUGACAAUCGGUUCUUUAAUCAUGCCGCCCGAAACGAUCGCUCCGUUACUCGGCCCGGUUGUUGCGAACCUUUCCGAUUCACAGUCGACAGUUCAGCCAUAUUGGCUUGUUAAUCAAUCGAACGGUGAUCCAACCCCGUGGUAUUACCCGGAUAACUCUACAAACUCCACCGGGAAUAAUACGUUUUUUAAUAGCGACUCUGACCGAAGCAUCGGCGAGAUUAUCGUUAUAUCGGUUGUGGCGGCCAUCUUGGCGAUCGCGACCACAGGUGGAAACCUCCUCGUGCUCAUCGCUUUCAAAGUUGAAAAACAGCUUCAAACUGUCAGCAAUUAUUUUCUCUUGAGUUUAGCUGUGGCGGAUUUGACAAUCGGGAUCGUGUCGAUGCCACUCUAUACGGUCUACUUGAUGAUGGGAAAGUGGCCGCUCGGGCCGAUAAUUUGUGAUAUAUGGUUAUCCUUGGAUUAUACAAUGAGCAACGCAUCGGUGGCUAACUUAAUCGUGAUCAGCAUGGACCGAUACCUAUCUGUGACGCGCCCGCUGUCAUACCGGGCCAAACGGACACCAAAGCGCGCCGGUAUCAUGAUAACCUUAGCGUGGAUUAUAUCAGUGUUGUUAUGGACCCCUUGGAUAUUUGCAUGGCCCUAUAUCGAAGGGGAGAGAACGGUCAAGGGCCAUGAGUGCUACAUUCAGUUUUUGGAAAGCAAUCCUAUUGUUACUUGUCUCACCGCAGUGGCGGCUUUCUAUCUCCCCGUUACAAUAAUGACCAUUGUUUAUAUGCGCAUUUACCAGGAGACGCAGAAGAGGCAGAGGGAAUUCGGGCACCUCCAGGCGGGGCCGUCAAAAGAGAGCAGGCGGUCGAACUACUCCAGCGAAGACGAAGGAGUCUCAAACAUGAGCCAGAGGCGUAGUGAAGAUUCUCCCGAUGGAGAAGAACUCUUUGAAGAAUUACCAGAACAGCUUCCCCAGAAGAAAACUUUGAUGCAAAAAAUGAAUUGUUGUCGGUCGAUGAUCGACCGUGAGACGGACGCGCUCGAGGACUCGACGUCCAGCGACCCGCCUGCGUCCCCGAUUGCGACACCGCACAGCGACUCUGCCACUCCUUACAACCGGAGUUCCCUGGCGCUCAAACGGGACCAAUCAUUCCCCGGGCAUACUCAGAAUGGUCGCCAUGGCUACCGAAGAGACAGUUCAAGUGGUGUCAUAAUUCCUUUAAUAUCAGUCGAUAGUAACCGGACUAAUGUCACCCCGACCACUCCAUCCACCGAAAUCACAGGGACCGGAAGUCGCCAUAGCAAUCUCUCCGAAUUGGAGGAGGGUCGGGCGGCUAUGUACACGAUCCUCAUCAAACUUCCGGUACUCGGCUCAACAGGCGAUUCUGAUGACAAUAAACCCAUGAUUCGUAUGCUAUCAGAGAGCGAGGAAGAUGACGAGAUUACGGAGAUCAAAGAAGAGUCGUCAGAGUCUGGGGUUAGGGCGAGAGCCAAAGAGGGUGCUUCUAGUACUAGCAGUAAUCCCAUAUCAAGACCUUGUUCUAGUGGUACCAUCUCCGCAUCGAACUCAGCCACGCGGCGCCUUAAUCAGAACAGUGAUGCAAUACGCGUGGCAAUGCAGGCCAAAAUGGCCACCAAGUUUGCACAAAAAAUGAAAAGUCAGCGCGCCCGGCGGAGACGGAAAGAGCAAAAACAGGAGAAGAAAGCUGCCAAGACUCUCAGUGCCAUCUUAUUCGCAUUCAUCAUCACCUGGACACCAUAUAAUAUAUUCACUGUGAUAAAAGCCUUUUGUCCCGACUGCAUAGGAGAUACACUUUAUGCUAUAGGUUAUUGGUUAUGUUACAUCAACAGUACAGUGAAUCCCAUUUGCUAUGCGUUAUGCAAUGUCAACUUCCGGCGAACAUUUUAUAGGCUACUCACGUGUCAAAGGAAACGGCGAAGCAGACAGUUCAACCGGUAAGCAAUGCAGGAUUACGUAGCCCUCACCGCAUACGAAAAUCGACGAAGUACGAAGAGCUGAUUUAUAGGAAGGAAUAAGUUUGUUUCAGAAGAUAUCAGGAAUUUGUCAGUCAAUUUGAGAACUAUUUCAUACUUGCACUGUGAUGUUGAGUUUCCCUUGUUAAUAUAAUUGAAGGCCAUAUAUUGUAUCCUUUUGAGUUUUGCUGCCGUUUUUCCAUCAUAGUUAUAACGAAUUGUGUUAAAUAACCCUAGAAAUUCCUAGUUGUCGAGAGAAAUCGAAUACAACAAUUGUCUGUUACGUCAAUAUUAUGCCACACCUGUCGAAUGUACGUCUAUACCACGUGCUAAACCUUGGUCGAACAUUAGUAUAUGUGUACGUCAAAUGUGAAGCCAUAAACUACGUCCAGAUUUAAAGGGUUGACCUUCACCUAGGCACCACCAUUUUGGCCGGAAAUUCAAAUCCUAAAGCAACUGGAACACUUUCAAAAUGAAGCGAAUCCAAUUUCAUGGGUGGGAGUCAGUUUCUUUUUGUUUAUCAGAAAACAGACACCCCAACUCAAAAUCAGCAUUCACUUCAUUUUGAAGGAGUUCUAAUUUCUUUAGGAUUUCAAGUUCCAGCCACAAUGGUCAUCCUUAAAAGCAGCCUCAGGCCGGCGUGCAUACAAGGUAAGCGUGCUUACUGCAGUUCUGCGGUAGGGAAUGACAUUUUUUUGUGCGACACAUACAAGAGAAGUAAACUUCUGAACGCCUCUUGAUGUUGCUGUAUGGAAACUUAAUAAAAAAUGUGACAUUUUCACGCCAUUUGUAUCGAAUCUAUUUACCAUUUUAGUAUAUUUCGAAUAGAACAGAGUAUUAACAAUACAUGUGCAUGAAUCAUUUGCCCAUCGCCUACGUAGUCAGUUAUCAAAAUGCAACAUUUUAUUGGCUAGAUAUCUGGAAAACAAUACUCCAAUGAGGGUCGGUCAGCAAAUGAAAUUUUAUCAUAAUUUGCUACAAGACCUGUUCACCUCACCUAUAAUUCUUAAGCCGGUAUCAUCUAAAGUUAUUCACAGUGUCAUGCAUCAUCCAUCAGGAUCGCCUCAUCAAUAGAAAAAUCAUUUGUUCUCUCCGUCAUCGGAUACUUUGAAUUGCUUAGGGUCACUUUUUCUUUUCGCACGAAAGCGUGCAUCAAAGUCAACACUCUGAAAGAUCUCAUUUUGGCGAUGUCCGUUCGUCAAAGCUUUUUUCCAUGUGUUUUCAAUGCCCUGAUCUCGCGAGGUUAGUUAAGGGUUUACCAUAGGUACCACCAUUUUGGCUAGAACUUGCAAUUAGAGCUCCUUUAAAACAAAGUGAAUGCCCAAUUAAAUCUCUGGCAUCUUGAUCCCCAAUGUAUUGACAUUCCUCUGCUUCCAGACAACGCGCGUCAAGAGGCAAUACCGCUGGACGUUCAGUAUAGUCCUCUGGAAAUCAAAGAACAGGCCACGAGCCUUGAAAUUGGCAUUAACUUCGUUCUAAUUGCUUUAU